UUUAGUCUCGCCGAACUUUGUAAGAUCUAUGUUGUACAAUAAUGUUUGGUAUAGAUAUACUAGGAAUUAUCUAUGGAGGGAUGAUAAUCGCUUGUGGACAUAAGGUGUACAAUGAUGAAGGUUCAUUACAUUCAAAAAAAGUGGGCUGGACAAUUGGAUCAGCUAUUAUAGGUACCUCGGCUAUUGGUCCUUAUAUUUUAUCGACAAUUAUACAAACAGGAUACGCUGGUUACUUAUUGUACCUGUACCAACAAAACCCCAGAAAAGUACCUGAAUUAGCCUUUUUGUCUGUAGCCGGUGUAAUGCUUUUGCGAACAGUUUUACUAACCGUAUUGUCAAUUUUAUCGAUAAUGUAGUAAAAUUAAUAAU